AUGGCUCAAAUCCCUCCUUACAAAAUAUGUUCUGGACCCAAAAGCAACGAAGAAGAGGAAGAAGAUGAGAAAAUCUACAAGAGAUACAGCGAAAUUGCUGCAACUACACUUCCCACAACUGAAGGUUGGACGGGUAAACCAAUGUACCAGUACCAAGGCUUUUGGUACAACUCUGGAUUGCAUGGUAUUGGGCCAUUGGCAGUUCAAGAUCACUUCAAGGCAAGACCCAGUGACAUUCUUCUUGCUAGCAUCCCCAAGAGUGGAACGACUUGGCUGAAAUCACUAGCCUUUGCUGUCAUCAAUCGCAAAUCUAAUCCUCCUUCAGCUCGGCAGCAGCACCCUUUGCACAUAUUCAACUCGCAUGAUCUCGUGCCAGGGCUGGAGUUGUUGCUAUAUAACAACAACUGGAAUAGUAACCGAAUUCCUAACCUUGAUGUCCUUCCAUCACCGUGA